AUGUAUCCAGCACUCGGUUACCAAUGGCAAAUGCUCUACAACACCACCGAUAUCUCGUGGAACCCAACGCGUGCGCUAGAUUCUUCGUCGCCUAUUCCGGGUGAUUUCUACUACUGGGGCGGCGCUCUUGCUGCACAGGCGCGGCUAGCCCUCAUUGCGGAGAAUCUCGGGCGCUCAGAUCUUAUUAACCCGGUCGUUAAAUAUCUCGAGACGUCCUUCCAGUACUGGUUUGAGUCCACGUCAACCACACUGCCUGCAUAUGAGACAGCUUGGGGAGGCGUCAUCAGCAAGGCCGGCGCAACAGAUGUGAACGUUGACUUCGGCAAUGGGUACUACAACGACCAUCACUUCCAUUACGGCUAUUUCCUUACUGUCGCUGCUGUUAUUGCCAGAUUCAAUGGGACGUGGCUGAACGAGCACAGGGACUACAUCAACUGGUUCGCCAGGGACAUCAUCAACCCCUCGCCUGAGGACCCGUAUUUCCCCGUUACUCGCUGCCGAGACUGGUUUGCUGGCCAUUCUUGGGCAUCUGGAAUCGCAAACGGCGCAGGCAGCCGGGACCAGGAGUCUAGCGGUGAGGCCAUCAACGGGUACUAUGGCGCGCUACUCUGGGCAUCCACAACUCUAUCUCAAGACUAUGUCAACUACGCGAAAUUGCUAAUCGCCACGGAACAACAUGGCGCCCAAGUAUACUGGCACUUGUAUCCAGAACAAAGCGAAACGGCUCGUGACAACCCGUACCCCGAGCCGGUCGUCAGAGACUUGAUCACGAUGGGCAAUGUUAUGGACUAUCAGGCCGGCGCGUGGCUGUACUGGGGAGCUGAGAGAAGUCAGAUUGCAGCAAUCCAAAUCUUGCCGGUCACUCCUGUGAAUGAGGUACUCUAUGACGCUGAGUGGGUGGAGAACGUAUGGGACUACACAAUGUCCGAGAUGGUGGACCCUUCCAUCGGAGAUGAGUGGAAAUGUGUUAUCAUCGCGGCGUACUCCAACGCAAAUCCACACGAUGCCGUAGCAUGGAGUGCCAACAUCACUAGCUGGGGCACCGGGCAAACAUACUCUAACGAGCUCUUCUUUAUCGGAACACGACCGAACCCAAGCGGCGUUCCCAUAUGCAGUUCUCUUCCGGAGAACCCAUACGGAAGCUUCGUCAUCCAGGACGUCAAAUCCGGCAAAUAUGUCACAGCCUCUAGCUCCAACGUCAACCUCGUCGCCUCCACCAAUUCGACUAGCAGCGCAUCGACCUUCAAUAGCACGUAUGUUCCCAACUCGGGAAAUCUGGUGCUCACCAGUACGGGUCAGUACGUGACUGCCGACUCAUCGGGAGACUAUGCGCUCGCGGCGGCCCGGGCGGUAGCGUCAACUUGGGAGCGGUUCAUCAUCAGGCAGAAGGCUGGAGCCGCGAACGGGGUGUACUCGAUCAAGGCAUACAGCAAUGGGCUUUAUGUUACGGUCGCGAGCGACGGGUCGCUAGUCAACAAUGCGACGAGUGAAGCAGCUGGAGCUGGCUUUAGGUUUGUUACAGUGUAG